GCAGCACCAGCAGCAGAGGCAGUAGAGUAUCAUGUCGUGGACUUCGGGAAGUAUUUCCUACGGCGCAGCGAAUACAUGCCCAAGUUCGGACAGCUCCCCACCGAUGACCUUGACAAGCGUUGGGAGGAUCUCUACGACUUUGGGAUCUCGAGUAUCCCACGGUGGCAAGCGGACAAGCUCGAGAACAAAACAGAGGCGAUUCCGGGAACAGAAGACUAUCUCAUCGAACUUGACAUGUUCCACCAGCUGCAUUGCCUGGACAUGGUACGGAAAGCCUUGUAUCCAGAUCGUUACGAAGGCUGGAAACGGAAUCCAGAUGGCACCGUGGACAUCAAGGAUACCAAUUUUCAUCAUUGGGAACACUGCAUUGAUGGCCUGCGCCAAGCCAUACAGUGCACAGGCGACAUCAGCCCACUGCGACACCGCAUCAACGGCAUCAACGGAAUACUGGCCCCGGACUUGGCAGCCCGCCACACAUGCCGAAACUUCACCAAGAUCAAGGAGUGGGCGAAGGAGAGACAG